AUGUUUCUGACACAUGAUAACAACUAUGGUGUAAAUAAUGACGACGAGCCGAGUGACAGUGAUCAUGGUCAACUUUCAUCGGGGGGAACAGAUGAUGACUCAGAUCAAGACAAGGAAGACAAGGUGUUAGCUUUACCUCAGGAUUCAAAUGUGAAAGCUAGCGGAUAUGUCCGAAAUGCCCAAAUUAAAUGCUACAGAUGCGGGAAAACUGGGCAUAUCGGACGUCACUGCAGGAAUGUUCGCCAAAACAUCUCGUCUACAUAUAACGAGUCACCGAGUGUAAGCAACCGUGACCGUGAGCUCGAUAGUAAUAGCGAGAAUGAGCACCACGGAGCAACAGACCAGACUGCCAGUGGUUUGGGAUCAUAUUUCAUGGAAGUUGAAGUGGCUAUGUGUGACAUUGCAGACACAGGGUUGAACACAGAUAUUUACAGUUACAGUGACCACUCUGCUAUUGAUACUACGGCCUCACAAGGAACUAAUGUCGAACUGAGCGAAUUACACGUUAAUCAAAUCCUCGUAUCCGAAGAUUUGGAGGGCGGGUGGACACAACUUGCACAAACCGUGACAGCCCAACUUCAGGAUGAAGAUGUUGACCUCGAGCCGGAGAAAAUUGCUACAUCCCUUUUUGAUGCAGAUUCUUUGGUUAAACAAGGUAUCGAGUGUCAGAAAUCUUGCCCUAUCGAGUUCACCCAUGAAAGCGGCGACAUAAGUCAUUCCUUUGGAAUGCCUGGAGGGCGUAUGUGA